AUGAGAGCUCUCAUCUACAACAUGAGGGGUUUUGGUGAGCCAGGGAGGCGAGGCCAACUUAAAAGCUACCUCAGGCAACAUAGAGUGGACAUCGUCGCCAUCCAGGAGACUAUUAGGGCGGAGUUCACGGCGCCUGAGUUGCGCAGCCUUGAGGUGGGUGGCCAGUUUGCGUGGGAUUGGGUCCCUGCGGUUGGUCACUCGGGCGGGAUGCUCCUGGGCUUUCGGGAUGAGAGCUUCGAGGUCGGACAAUGGAAGAAGGGGACCUUCUUCAUCUCGGCCUCGAUUUUCCAGCGUUCUAAUAAAAUGAAGUGGUGCUUCUUCAUGGUCUACGGACCGGCUGAUCACCGUCGCACUGAGGAAUUCUUGGGAGAAUUGACUCAUGCUGUCGAGGAGGCGCCCUACCCGGUCGUGGUCGGGGGUGACUUCAACCUGAUUCGCGCUGCGUGUGACAAGAGUAACGACAGCAUUUCCUGGUCCAGAGUCAGGAGGUUCAAUGAGGCAAUCGCCACUAUGGCCCUAUGA